UGAAUCCAUCCAUAAACCUGUGAAAUUUCAUGAGAUAGGUAUUUCGUUGAGUCUAGUGAUAUUUUUGUGGCUGUGGAAUUUGAGGAAGAAUCGAAGUGUGUGCGCGCUGCGCAGUAGUGCAUGCGCAGUGAUCAACAGUGCCACCACAGAGUAAAGGCAGAAAGGAGAGUGUAAUGUCUGAUAAGACGAGCGAUGGAUUCCAGUGCGAGUGCGUGAUCGCCCUGGAGUUUUGACAGUUUGGCAAUAACCUCUUACUCGUGGAACUCGACAUUGUAUUGAUAAGAUGCUCGUGGUAGUCGGUCGCUAAAGGUGUCAUAGAUACGACAAAGGAUACUGCCAGGAUAAGAGUGUAGCGGUCAGAAAACGCGAGAAAAGCAGGAGUGCGCGAUACGUGGCUCUCCGUGGAACAAGAGGCCAGACCAGGCCAGACUCAGAGAGAGGCUCGUGGAACGAGAGAAGAAAAAGAAAUAGAAGAAGAAAAAGAAGAGUGUCGAGGACGGUGAAGACGAAGGGAAUAUUAUAGAAACGAAAGAGAAGCGAGUGAGGAAAGGGGAGUCGGUGGAGUGUGGUGGUUUUGGAGCAAAGGAAGAGGAGAAUAGGGAACGGCUUCGAGCAGUGAGCAAAGUGAGCAAAAUAAUAACGGGGGGUUUUGAUCGGUGGACAAAGGUGGUCGGGAGAGUGCCGGAGCCAGGGCUGUGAUAUAUAUCUUCUCUCCCUCGAGGGAAAACGAGAAUGGAGGCGAUAGCGAGACACGAUUUUACGGCAACCGCCGAGGACGAGCUCAGUUUUCGCAGGAGUCAGAUAUUGAAGAUUCUCAAUAUGGAGGAUGAUAUGAAUUGGUACAGAGCCGAACUGGAUUCUAGAGAAGGUCUAAUUCCCAGCAACUACAUAGAAAUGAAGAAUCAUGACUGGUACUAUGGUAGGAUAACCAGGGCUGAUGCUGAAAGGCUAUUAUUGAACAAGCACGAAGGUGCUUUUCUUAUCAGAAUCAGCGAAAGCUCUCCUGGGGAUUUUUCAUUGUCUGUUAAAUGCUCGGACGGUGUCCAACACUUCAAGGUAUUGAGAGACGCCCAAGGGAAAUUUUUCUUAUGGGUCGUUAAGUUUAAUAGCCUCAAUGAAUUAGUCGAGUACCAUCGUACGGCAUCGGUAUCACGCUCACAGGACGUCAAAUUGCGCGAUAUGGUACCAGAAGAGUGCUUGGUCCAAGCCCUGUACGACUUCACGCCGCAGGAACCUGGUGAACUUGAAUUCAGACGGGGUGACGUGAUCACAGUUACGGAUCGUACCGAUGAACACUGGUGGCACGGUGAGAUUGGCAACAAACGAGGAUUAUUCCCGUCCACCUACGUCACACCAUAUCACUCCUAGGCCACGCACGGAGCUCGCAGACGACAACGUCCACCACCUUACCCCACGACGAUCACGUACAGGAUCAGACUCACUGCGGAACUAAUAAAUAACAUUUUGCAAACGCCGCCAAUCGAGUGGGCCACCAGGAUGUAUUGGUGGUCGAGACGCAGAGCUUUGUAACUCUUAUGCCUGCUUGACACUCACGUCCUCUCUGCGCCUUCACGAUCCCAUAGAGAGAUGUAUUAUAUUUUUUGUCACUUUCAUUCACGUUUUCUUUCCCCUCAUGGACACGAUUAUCAAAUACCGCGAACCGCACACGUUCCUUUAAUCUCUCGAUGUAUCGUCAAAACAGGGUAGUCUCUUAUAUCUUUACUGUACAUCAGAUAAUAAAUGUAGCCGUUCGCUAUGUCAGUGGGAAUGAUCUUAUGUAUCGUCGGCAUCUCUCGCUGGGAUCGUCGAGAGGAUUUACGGCCGUGAAGGAUCCAAGGAUCAAUGAGAGAAACGUCAUAGAGAUUCCAGCGAUCACGUGAAAUGAUUCACCAAUCGGCACCGUAGUACUGUGGAUCAUAUAAAGUUAAACGUGACCGAGAUUUAUCUUCAGGCUUACAAACAGUGUCUUAGGGAUCUCAGUUAUAUUUUGAAAGAAACAAAAAAAACAAAGGAACUCGACGUUCAUCAUAAGUUUUUGUAUCUAUAGUAUUCCAAUCUAAUGGGGUACCUGGUAACGUUCUAUCGUACUUGGACAUUUCAACGGAUCCUUUGUCUUCCUGAUGGCCCACCGCGUUUUGGAUCGUGCACCACAAAGUUAAUAUUAAUCGCGAAUUGAAGCAACCCUCCUUCCCUCAUCGGCCAUAUUAAGACAGGAAAGUCGCGUCUCUACCUCUGGGUGAAUGAACUAUCUGCCCUCCCCACACACAUCAUGCAAAAAAAAAGAAACAGUGAAAACAAAACGAAAGAGAAGAAAACAAUGAAAAGUGCACCCACGGCAAUCGACGCGCAAAUGAAAAAACUUUUGUAUUUUGCAAUACAGUCUAACAGACUCUUAACGGGACCUUUAUGGUUAAAAUAGAAAAAGAGGAAGAACAGGUUCAAGUAUCGUUGUAGAUUCGUAACCAGUAAAAAUAGCAAGUGGAAUAAUGAAAAAUAUAUUCAUUAUAAAUGUAGCAUCAUCGAAAUGCAUCGCCUUUUGGCAUUAUAGUAUGCAGACAUGAGAAGCGCACCGAUAUUUUGUUGUUUUUUUUUUUGUACGCAAAAAUACUGACGACUGUCCGUUACACGUACAUUGCGAGCAGUCUGAGUCGAGCUACCACGUACCGUGAACUGAAUUUUUUUUCUAUUUUUCUCUCUUUUCCCUUCUAACCGAACUUCGCUCAUCGUUGAAUUAGUCGAUACGAUAAUAAUUUACUUCUUACACGGCGAACUAUAAUGAUAUAGCUUUGUUAUUACUCGUAUAAAUAAAGAGCUUGGAAAUCAUACAACGUUCGACCGUGUGCAAAUACAAGAAAACUACGUGGUACAUGAUCUCAGUCGGCCAUUUUUUGUAGGUUCUUUGUAUACAUAUAUAUCUUUUGAAUAUCCUUUUUAACCAUUCUGAGCUCACGCCGAUCCCUCGUCCCCUCCUUUCUGAACAGUCGGAUGUCAUGCACUUUUUCGAAGCAAAUGCCAAAAACCGAUAUUAUUACGAAGCAUCUGCAGUCACGCGCAUUAGAUUACGUAUUUAAAAUGGAGCUGCACUCAGAUUCGUUUUUUCUCUAUUUUUUUUCUUUUCUUUCUCACUCCUCUCUCUGCUAAAUAACCUGCAUAAUUCUUAAUGGGGAGCAAACGAAAGAUUAGAAAGAAAAAAUAUCGUACUGUAUAUUUUUUUAAAGUUAUUUUUUUUUCUAUAACAUUUUUCACAACUCUCGUCCUUUGUCCCACCCUCGGUUCGUACCUGUCUAGGGUCGAACCCACUCAAAUCCUCCUUUUCCAGUCCCCCUGUUUUCUUUGUGAAGAUUGAAAACUUUUAGCCUUAUUGUGUAAUUAUUAUUAUUAUUAUUAAUUAAUUAUUAUUGCGUUAUGUUACAUUUUAUUAAUAACAAUAUAUAUUAUAUUAAUCGUA